AGAACCCAAUAAUUUUAAGAAACUAAAAUCUCAAAAUCCAUAAACGUCAAAUCCCAGUUCCGCCUCUUGCUAUAUAUAGUAUUUAUGACAAAGUGACCACCAGGGCUUUAAAAUCUCAUUUUUAAGCAGUUGCAGAAAAACAUCCACAACCACAAAUGACAGAAUCAAACGACAACGAGGAAAUAUUGAGAGGAAGAUGGAGUCUCAAAGGCACCACUGCACUUGUCACUGGUGGCUCCAAAGGUAUAGGGUAUGCAAUAGUGGAAGAAUUGGCAAGUUUUGGAGCAACAGUAUAUACAUGUUCACGUAAUGAAAAGGAGCUGCAAGAAUGCCUUGAGAUUUGGAGAAAAAAGGGACUUAAAGUUGAAGGUUCUGUUUGUGACUUAUUAUUGCGCACUGAACGUGAGAAGCUAAUUGAGACAGUUGGACAUGUUUUUCAUGGAAAGCUCAAUAUUUUGGUAAAUAAUGCAGGAGCAGCAAUAUAUAAGGAAACUAAAGAUUUCACAGCAGAAGAUUACAACAUCAUAAUGGGAACUAAUUUUGAAGCUGCUUAUCAUUUAUGUCAAAAUGCUUAUCCCUUAUUGAAGGCAUCUGAAAAUGGCAAUGUUAUUUUUGUCUCUUCAAUUGCUAGCUUUUCAGCUCUGCCUUCUCUGUCUCUUUAUUCUGCUUCCAAAGGAGCAAUAAAUCAACUGACAAAGAAUUUGGCAUGUGAGUGGGCCAUGGACAAAAUUCGUGUUAAUACAGUUGCACCAGCAGUAAUUUUAACCCCACUUAUUGAACAAUCGAUAAAGAAUCCUGUGCAAAAAGAAGAAAUAGACAAAUAUAUUGUUCGAACUCCUAUUGGUCGACCUGGAAAGCCCAAAGAAGUUUCUGGCAUAAUAGCCUUCCUAUGCUUCCCUGCUGCUUCAUAUAUCACAGGCCAGAUUAUAUAUGUUGAUGGUGGAUUCACUGCUAAUGGAUUUUAAUUAGAGAAAAUUGCCUUAAUCACCAGCCAAAUUAUAUACGUUGUUUCUUUUCUUUUGGAUUUCUUACGCUAAGCCUUAUCAUUCAUAAGUUUGUUGAAUACUGUGAGACGGUUUCUAUAUACUUGGUAAUAUUAUUGAGCUAUUCGUCUUUUGCA